AGCUUUAAUGUCAAGAGUGACCUCGCUACAUUCUUAAAGUAAAGACGCUAAAGGGGUGUAAAAAGUCUCCAAAUGUUGCAGUAAAGUCCGACAAGGCAUAGACGAGCGUAAAGCAAUCUGAUUGGCUAUUUUGCAAGAGGUCAGAGUUCGCGAAGUUCGAAAACAAAAUGGCUGCAGAACCAACACGAGAGUGGAGCAAUGAGAAACUGAACAGUGAAGAAAUACCAAAAAAAGACUUAAUCAAGUUUCUACAGGACAAUGCAUCACAUUCGUUUCUUGUUGAGCACAAACUCAUGGGAAAUAUCAAGAAUGUUGCAAAGACUGCAAAAAAAGAGCAGCUUAUUGUUGCCUACGACCAGCUGUUUGAGAGCAAGAGGUUUAAAGGCACGGAAGUGGAGCAGGUGACUGAGGAGGUGAAAGCUGUGAAGAUUGAUGAGAAGCCCAAAGAAACAAAGACAGAAGUUGUAGAUGAGGGCCCCCCUAAGUUCACAAAGGCAGUGUUAAAGAAAGGAGACAAGACCAACUUUCCCAAAAAGGGUGACACAGUGGCGUGUUGGUAUACUGGCAUGCUUGAAGAUGGCACUGUUUUUGAUACCAACAUCCCUUCAGGGGCACGGAAAAAGAAGCAGGCCAAACCACUUUCCUUUAAAGUCGGGAUUGGCAAAGUUAUCCGAGGGUGGGAUGAGGGGCUCCUGACCAUGAGUAAAGGCGAGACUGCACGCUUGGAAAUUGAGCCAGAAUGGGCCUACGGUAAAAAGGGUCUUCCUGAUUCUAAAAUCCCACCAAAUGCUAAACUUAUUUUUGAGGUUGAAUUGGUAUCCAUUGAGUAGGAUUGCUAAUGUUCAUUUCAGCAGAGGAGGAUUGACCCUUACAGCAGAACUCAAGAUCAUGUUUGUGUCAGCCUUCAUGUUAAACUCAGUAUUUUAAUACACUGCAAAAAUACUCCUCCAUACUACAGGUGGAAGCAGGACAUGAUUUGUCAAUGUGAUUGCUCACAUUACUUUGCAUGAUUAUUUUUGUUGUUAGAGACAUUAAUAAUUAAAAAAGGUUAGAGCUAGCUGUGUGUCUGUGUGAGUGUGUGUAUUUCCUUCCUUCCUCAUCAGUACAGUUCCUUUUGUAAUAACAGGGAUUGUAACCCUGAUCCAGGUUACUAUAAUUCAUUUAUAAUUAUACUGAAUGUGAACAAUAAAAGAGAGAUCAAGUACA